AUUCCCAUGUAUCGAAUUAUUGCCUGCUCACUCCGCACCGCUAAGCCCAAUGCGUCUGCUGUAGUCACGGGCAGCCUCUCACUCGCCGGCUACUCUCUGUCCGACCGCUCCGCAUUUUGAUACAUCGCUUUAGCAUUAUUCUUCCCUCGACACUAACCCAACUCAAUUUCGCGACGCUCUCUAAAGAUAAGCAUGCCCAUUGCAGUGCCAUCUGCGUUCUUUGCCUCCUGUCGCGGGGACUAGACCCGGAGCUGGGGAGAGGGAGAAAAACCUCUCUCUUCUCUUACCAUCACUUGCCCAAUCUCACACGGGCAGUGGUUGCGAACCGACAGUGAAGGACAGAGUUAAUUAAAGCGUAUUUGUUUAACCUCUCUCUUUCAAACAAAUACGCGCAUCCUGCCUCUCUCUCCGGGAAUUGGUUGGUACCAGAGGAAAGAAGGAGGGGAAACAUUAAGUUUUUUGUUGUGCUGUCGUGGAAAUUAUUCGGAAGGGCUCCGUUUUCGCCUCGAAAUUGCUCUAGCUAAUAUAUUCACGAACCCUGGAUUAUGGAUGUGGAAUCGGUGGAGAAGGAGUGUGGGGCGCUUGGUGGGCUUUUCCAAGCAAUUGUCAAUGACAUGAAGUGCUCAUACCCUGUGUGGGAGGACUUCAGUGCCAAGGCCACCAAGCUGCACUCCCAGCUCCGGACCACAGUGCUGGCUGCAGUGGCCUUCCUGGAUGCCUUUCAGAAGGUGGCAGACAUGGCAACCAACACCAGAGGAGCCACCCGGGACAUUGGAUCGGCGCUAACCAGAAUGUGCAUGAGGCAUCGCAGCAUCGAGGCCAAACUGCGCCACUUCACCAACGCUCUGAUGGAAAGCCUGAUCACACCCCUUCAGGACCGCAUUGAGGACUGGAAGAAGACUGCCAACCAGCUGGAUAAAGACCACGCCAAAGAGUAUAAGCGAUCUCGUCACGAAAUAAAGAAGAAGUCCUCCGACACCAUGAAGCUGCAGAAGAAGGCCCGCAAAGAGCUGCAGGGCCGAGGGGACCUGCAGCCUCAGCUGGACAGUGCCAUGCAGGACGUGAACGACAUGUACCUGCUCAUGGAGGAGACUGAGAAGCAGGCGGUGCGGCGCGCCCUGGUGGAGGAGAGGGGCCGCUUCUGCACCUUCAUCGGUUUCCUGCAGCCUGUGGUGAAUGGAGAGAUUGCUAUGCUGGGAGAGAUCACCCACCUUCAGGCCAUUAUUGAUGACCUCACUGUGCUGACCACUGACCCCCACAAACUGCCUGCUGCCAGCGAGCAGGUAAUCAAGGAUCUGAAGGGCUCUGACUACAGCUGGAGCUACCAGACCCCCCCCUCCUCCCCCAGCAGCUCUGGAUCCAGGAAGAGUAGCAUGUGCAGCAGCGUGAACAGCGCCCACAGUAGCGCCUCUCGCUCGUCCGGAGGCUCGCAGACUCACUCACCCAGUUCGUCCUGUCGCUACCGCAGCCUGGCGCAGCCGCCACCAGGGGGAGCCCACCGCCUCAGCAGCGUCUCCUCGCACGACUCCGGCUUCAUCUCGCAGGACGCCAAUGUCUACUCCAAGCCUCCAUCGCCCAUGCCCUCAGACAUAACCAGCCAAAAAUCUUCAAGUUCGGCUUCCUCAGAGGCAUCAGAGACCUGCCAGUCAGUGAGUGAGUGCAGCUCACCUACAACGGACUGGUCCAAGCAAGGGGCCUGUGAGCAGCCUUUAGCCACCACCCUUCAGAGGAGGAAAGAGCCCAUGGACAGGCCCAGGGAGGUGGAGGCGGCCGCCGGUCUGCAUCCCGAGGACCCACAGCGGCACAGGAUGACCCCGGCCAGCAUCGCUGCCAAGCACGGGGAGGAGGUGUCUCCUGCUGCGAGUGACCUGGCCAUGGUGCUGACGCGUGGCCUGAGCAUGGAGGGCCAGAAGAGCAGCCGCGACUCCCUGCAGUACUCCAGCGGCUACAGCACCCAGACCACCACCCCAUCUUGCUCCGAGGACACCAUCCCCUCUCAAGGGUCAGACUACGACUGCUACUCUGUGAACGGUGAUGGCGAGGCAGAUGGCCAGACUGACUUUGACAAGUCCUCCACCAUCCCCCGCCACAGCAACAUCGCCCAGAACUAUCGGCGCAUGAUCCAGACCAAGCGGCCCGCCAGCACGGCUGGCCUGCCCAGUGGGAUGGGUGCCCAGGGUGGAGGGGUGGGCACCCCAGGUACCGCCACCAUCCGCCGCACCCCCUCCACCAAGCCUGGCGUGCGGCGCACCCUGUCCAACGCCGGGCCCAUCCCCAUUAGGCCGCCCAUCGUGCCUGUGAAGACGCCCACUGUGCCAGACUCGCCGGGCGGCUACCCGGGUCCGCCGGUACGCGUGGGCAGCGAGGAGUGCGUGUUCUUCACGGCGGACGACGCCACGGCAGGGGCGCUGGAGUACGUCAAGGCCUCGCCCAAGCGCCUCAGCCUGCCGAACACGGCCUGGGCGAGCGGCGGCGGCAUCGAGAUGAGCGUCUACGGCCACGGCGGCCAGCAUGAGGAGGACCAGCUGCUGGCUGCCAACCGCCACAGCCUGGUGGAGAAGAUCGGCGAGCUGGUGGCCAGCGCCCACGCCCUGGGCGAAGGUCAGUUCCCAUUCCCCUCACUGCCCGAUGACCCGCCGCCGGGCCCUACCGGGCAGCACCAGUCCAGGGCGCGUGCCGGCGAGGACAUGCUGGUGACCAUCCGGCGUGGCAUCCGACUCCGCAAGACCGUCUCCAACGACAGGUCAGCGCCGAGGAUUUUGUGAUGGUCUUCACCUAAAGGGGGGAGAAGAAAGCGAAAGCCUCUACCCUCCAACCCACUGCGCUCUGACUCUGUAGAGAAUGACGUAAUAAUAAAAAAAAAGAGUCGUUAGAGUAAAGAAAUAAUAAUAAAAAAAA